GAACUCACUUGCGCGCGAAGCACCAGCAUGAGAACUCCAAUGCCUCCGCGAGCUGCUGCAGCGUCAACGCGGCUGCAGCAACAGCCGCGGCGCCGGCAGGCGCCUCGGCAGCCGUUGUCGCUGCUGCUGGCAGCCAGCGUCCUGGCAGUUGCUGCUGUUGCGGUUGCUGCUGCGCCCGCCGCUGCUUCCGUCCCUGCUGCUGCUGGCAGCGGCGGUGGCGGGCUGAUGAUGGCUGUGACCAACCGCGACGUGGAAGGCGGCGUGGUGGUGGACGCGGACGAGGCGAUGCUGUACACACAGACCGCCGCCGAAUGCCGCGCCGCCUGCCUCAACGCGAGCUCGGCGGGCUGCAACCUGUGGAUCUACUGCCCCUCGCCCUCCGGCUGCCUCAGCGGCGGCACAUACGAGUACCAGCGCGACAUGCGCCGUUACCGGCAGUGCUGGCUCAAGACGGACCGUAAGCCCUCCAACCCCUCCACCACAUGGCCCCGACGCAAGAACUCCCGGGACCAGGUGGUGGGCUGGAUGAGCGGCACUACAGAGCCCAACGCCACCGACCGCGCCCCGGCCGACUCCACUUGGAACAAAUGCACCUGCCGCGCCGACUACUCGGCGGACGGGUACAGGUUCAAGGGCACGUGCGGCAUGAUCCAGAACAACUACAACAACGCCCAGUUCUCCUGCAUCGUCACCUCCGACUGCCGCAACCCCAGCUUCUGGGUCAACGGCGUCGCCUACGACGGCUGCUCGGAGUCGCACCAGUGCCUGUCAUACCUGGACACGGACCUGGACGGAAAGGUGCUCAACAACGGCGACUGGACCUACGUGGACUCGCCCGACGACUGCUGCAGCCAGUGCGCCAACACCAAGCAAUGCAACACGUGGGCCUGGUGCGGCGACCCGCGCGGCUGCAACGGCGGCCAGCUGUUCCGCUUCCGGCAGUGCUGGCUCAAGCAGGGCGACCCGGGCAGCCCGGCGCCCAAGAACGGCGGCUACGGCAACAGCACAGGGUGGAUCAGUGGCGUGCGCCAGGCCUGGAUCCGGGACUGAGCCCUAGGAGGCCGGGC